UACGGUGUAAAGUUACUCAGAAGACUACAGUGCAGCGCUGACCAACUAGGCUAUAGCGAGAUGUGGUAUUCCAUGUAAUUUUCUCAUGUUGGUUUGAGUUGCGUAUCUGGCAACUGACAACGAAGUAUAAACGAAGUGAAACAGAUGACAUUGACAGUAAGUUGAUGGGAGGAGACUUGAAGAAAUAUUGGUAUGAAUUGACAGUUUGCUAACGUCACUCCUGUCUAGCAGUUAGAGAGCGUAUUACUGUAGAAGUGAAUUAUGCGAUCGAUCUAAGCAUAUCCUACUGCGCUCUCAAAAUGGAUGGGGGUACAAGAGCGAUAGUUUACGUUUGUGUAUUCCUGCUUGUUGGACAACAGGCUAUUCACUUUGGAAGUUGCGCACCCACUCUGAACAAUGGCGAAGGCAUCUUCAAUAUUCGGCAUGCAGACUCAGGACGGUGCCUAUGGGCAGACCUCCAGGGUUUGCAGUUGUUGGAAUGUAGUGGCGCCCCAGAGGAGCAGUGGAAGUGGGGCUCGGGACACCGGCUGUUCCACGUGGUCACGGCCCAGUGCUUGGGUCUGAGGGUCCAGAACAAGAGCCUGGCCCUGCUCGACUGCAGCUCAUCGGACGGGACCCUGUCCUGGCACUGUGACGAACAGGCCCUCUACGUAUGGUCCAGGAAGUACCUCUCUGUGACCGAAGGCAAGCUCGGGGCACGGAACAGCUUGCAGGAUCGAUGGGUGAGGGACAACACUUCCGAAAGCAUCUGUCAGUACCCUUACCAAGUCGUGUUCACCAGUGACGGAAAUUCCCUGGGAGCACCCUGUGAAUUCCCCUUCCGCUACAAUGAUACCUGGUACCAUGGGUGCAUCCCCGAUGAUUCCGGCUACACCUGGUGUUCCACGACCCCAGAUUUUGACGCAGACGGCAACUUGGGGUACUGCUUGAAAUACGAGGAAGGCUGCGAGCGCUUGUGGAACAAAUCCAGCUCUGGAUACUGCUACCAGCACAACAGGCAGUCGGCGGUGUCCUGGCAGGAGGCCCGGGCUUCCUGUCACAGUCAGGGCGGGGACCUGCUCAGCAUCACCAGUGCGGCGGAGCUGGACCUCGUCUCAAACGGCGAUGAUCCCGACCAGGUGUGGAUUGGAUUAAACCAGCUGGACAUGGCUCAGGGCUGGCAGUGGUCGGACGGUUCUCCCCUCGCGUUCGUUAACUGGAAUGAAGGGAUGACAAACUUUUCGAUACUGAAAGAGUCAGACUGUGCAGUGAUGACCACCAAGGGCUUGUGGGAGAAGGCUGCAUGCACCCAGAAACUACCGUUCAUCUGCAAGAAAGCAUCGAAUCAGACUCAGCCUGGGUCAACAAGCCCGUGGGUACUUAAGGCUGCGAAAUGUGAAGACGGCUGGAGUGAGUGGAACGGGUUCUGCUACAAGCUGGUGAAGGACCAGCCGCUAGCCCAAUUGGAGGCUCAGAAGUACUGCAGCAGCAGCCAGGGGGCGCUGGUCAGCACACACAGCCUGGCUGACAUUGCGAUGAUAAGCGACUUACACACCGAUGGAGCGAUGGGAAUCUGGACUGGUCUUUGGAGUGAGGAGGCUCCUCCCCUUUUCCAGUGGAUUGACAAAUCCCCUGUCUCCUUCACCUACUGGGGCAGGGACGAACCUCGGGUCCUCCGUGAAAGCAAGCCCACCUGCGUGUCCUACUACGGAGAGUUCUUCCUCUGGAGAGUCAGCUCAUGUGAAGAUAAGCUGCCUUUCAUGUGCAAAAAGAAGGGAGAAAACGCAGAGACUGUCGUCAAUGCUGGAUGCCCCACCGAUGGUGAGUGGAGGAGACACGGCAGUGCAUGUUACAAGGUGGAUGCCAAAAAGGUUUUGUUCAAGGACAGGUGUAACCUCACAAUAACGAACAGAUUUGAGCAGGCUUACAUCAACAGCCUCAUCAGAGGCCAGAGUGAGACCCAGUAUUUUUGGGUGGGGCUACAGGACGCUAACAGCACCGGAGAGUAUCAGUGGAGCAACAAAGAUGGCCCAAACGAAAGGCUAACCUUUUCCAACUGGGCUAAGGACGAGCCGGCUCGGCUUGGGCAGUGUGCUGUGAUGUCCAGCGGGAAGCUCCUGGGCCAGUGGCAGCUGCAGAGCUGCUCUCUGUUUAGCGCCGGCUCCGUGUGCAAGAUGGAGGUCGGCCCUCACGUGGCUCCCGACCCUGAGCCCGACCCCAGUCUGCCCUGCCCUGCCGGCUGGGAGUCUAAACAGGGCCUUCGCUACUGCUACAAGGUGUUCCAUGCGGAGAGGCUGAGUCGCCAGCGGUCGUGGGAGGAGGCGGAGAGGUUCUGCGAGGCCCUGGGGGGUCACCUGCCCGGCCUCAGCAACCAGGACGAGAUGGAAGCCCUGCACACCAUCCUGAGGGGCUCCAUCAGUAAUGACCGGUACUUCUGGAUCGGCCUGAACCGCAGAAACCCGGCAUCGGGGAACGCCUGGGAGUGGAGUGACGGAAGACCCGUAUCCUCUGUUAUUUUCUCAGGAGAGCUUCAGGAAGAUGACGAAUACAAUCGGGAGUGUGUUGCCCUAAAGACAAUGAGGAGGUCCUAUUUGUCUUUCAUCCUUUUGCUCCGGGGUCAUUCGCUGCAGCAGUUUUUUGCCAGUCCUUUUCACUGUGAUGCCCAGCUGGAGUGGGUCUGCCAGAUCCCUCGAGGAAAGACACCACGUACUCCUGCAUGGUAUAACCCGGGUGGGCACCAUGAGUCAUCAAUAUUCGUUGAUGGAAAAGAGUUCUGGUUUGUGAGUGACCCCCAGCUCUCGUAUGACGAAGCUGGCCUGUACUGCUCAGGUAAUAGCAGCACAUUGGCAACACCACAGACCAUGAAUCAAGUUGGAGUUAUCCUAUCACAACUUAAAAAGCUUUCCGGGGAAAGACUGAGCUGGUGGGUGGAGAUUUUGGAAUCUGGGCUGUCUUUUCCCAUGCCAUUCCACCCAAUACUCCACCACUAUUCAACAUUCCAUGGCAGAUGUUCUUCCUUGAAUCCAGAUUCCUCAAUUCCUGAGCGAGAAUACAGCUGUGACCGGGCCUUGCCAUUUGUGUGUGAGAAAGUCAACACCACCUCUGUGGAGAGGAACCCACUGGAGCCGCACCCUGGAGGCCUGCCCUGUGGGAAUGAUUCCGUGGCCUUCAGAGACAAGUGCUACACAGUGUUGCCGCCGAAGUAUCUGUCAUUUGAAAAAGCCAGCGAACUCUGCCAGAAACUGCGGGGAACCCUGCCUGUCAUCUCCAGCCAGGCCGAGCAGGAUUUCAUCUUGUCGCUGCUGCUCGGUCAUUUACCCCGUAAACUUUGGAUCGGACUGAGGCGUCAACAUAGCAGGCCGGACUGGAAGUGGGCGGAUGGUUCUCCCCUCACCUUAGACAACUUCAACACCUUACUGCACGGGCAGAUGCGCUUCCUGCCCAUCAGCAGCUUUGAAACGUUGGACCUAUGUGCGAUAUUGUACAAUGACGCUAGUGCAGAAAUGAUGGGCACCUGGGACUACAGGACCUGCUCUGAGCCGCAGUACGUCGCGGUCUGCGAACAUUAUGCAGACAAACCGGAAAGCCCCAAGGCCCCAGAAGGAAACUUUGUUGUGAGCAACCACACAUAUAGAGUCUUGCAGGGGAACAUGACCUGGUUCACAGCUGUGGAGCUGUGUAAGAAGCAGGACAUGGACCUGGCCAGCGUGCUGGACGGAUCUCAGCAGGCGGGGCUCACCGCUGCCACCGGCAGAGCCGGCGCCCCCCUGUGGAUCGGCCUCUUCAGCGAAGACGAUGGGGCCCACUACCGCUGGACGGACCACAGCCACACGGUGUUCAGCCGCUGGUUCUCGGAGCCCACCAGUGGGCGCUGUGUCUACUUGGACACUGACGGCUUCUGGAAGGCCACCAAUUGUGAGGAGGAGCUGACAGGAGCCAUCUGCCACGUUCCCCAAGUGGAAAAGACUCUCGAGGAUGCUGCAGUAAAAUGUCCACACAGGGCCAAUGGGCCUGGCUGGACGCCAUUCAGAAACCACUGCUACGCCUUUUACAGGCAAGCCUCACGUUGGGCCGCAUUUGACAAGGGGGACAGCCGCGAAACAUGCAAGAAAUUAGACCCCAGUGCAGAAGUCUUAACAAUCAGAGAUGAGGAGGAGAAUGACUUUGUGAGAAAGCAGCUGCUGCCUUUAAGAGAUAUGGUGAUGUUUGUGUGGAUCGGAAUCUUCAAAGACAAUGAAACUAACCAGCUGAAAUGGUACGAUGGCACUAACGUCCAAUACUCCAACUGGAUUGAGGGAAGACCCAACAUAACUGACAAGUUCAUGGCUGGCCUCUCCUCCUCAGGCUCUUGGAAAUUAUUCACCAGUAAACAUAGUUUUGAACGCAUCAAGCAAAUCAGCGUUGUUGCUUGCAAAAUUGACUAUGAUUCAAAAGAGGACUUCAGCAAAUACGUCAGCGAUUUAGAGAAUUACGGCAACUUGAAGUACAAGGUGAUCCCGAAGAAGCUGACGUGGUCAGAGGCUUUACGGGAGUGUGAGAACAUGGACGGCCAUUUGGCCAGCGCUCACGAACUUGCGCAAGACGCUCACCUCCAGAUGAUGUCCAAGAUGGAUGGCUUCCCGCUGUGGAUUGGACUCUCCAACCAGGAUGAAGGUGGCUCAUCGUUUGAAUGGUCAGAUGGGACUAUCUAUGACUACAAGCCAUUGGGCUUUUCGUACUCUGGCUCUGAAGGCAACUGCAUGCUUGUGAACAGGAUGGGAUCGUGGGUGCAAGCGGACUGCACCACUCGGCAAGAGGGAGCGAUCUGCUAUGUCAACACCACUCAAAGUCCGAAGGCUUCUCCUCAACAGUCAAACACCUGUCCAAAGACUGCAGGUGUUUCCAGGUGGAUUCAUUACAAAGAGCACUGCUACGCAUUUGACAUGACCUUGUUUAACUACUCAGUGUACACAAUGGAGGAGGCAAAGACCAUCUGUAACCGCCUUGAUGAGUCAUCACAGCUCCUGACCAUUAAGGACGAAGAUGAAAACACAUUCGUCUCCAGAUACAUCAUGGAAAACCCCCUCAUCACUAAGCGUGUGUGGCUUGGCUUGGAUCUGGACGCGCAAGGUGACUCGAAGUGGAUCGACGGCACCAGUGUGGAAUUCUCCAACUGGGGCAAAAAGGCAAGCGCGCUCGCGGCGACCGGGCCCGCCUGCGCGGUCAUGGUUUCCGGCGAAGAAGGGGCAUGGAGCCGGGAGAGCUGCACGGAGAUCCGCAGCCGGGUGGUCUGCAAGGCGCCCGCUCCGAGGAGAGGCACGCCGGCCGCAUUAGCCUUCUUUGUCAUUUUGGUGAUAGCCAUCCUUGCUAUCGUGCUGUUCCUAAUAUGGAAGAGAAGCAGAGGCCGUUUCUCCUCCAGGGUGCGGUACCAAAGAAACUUUGACGAAGCCGACAGCGCAGGCAUAUUGACCGAAAUGGAGAAUGAAUUUCAGAAACAGUAACAGAAAUGUGCCUUUGCUAAAUGAAUGGCAAUGCAAAAACACAAAUAUUGUAUGUACGCAGAAUGCGAGACCAGCACUCCCUAAACAUUCCAGUACCUGCAAUUUAGCAUGUACUCCUAAAACGUGCUUUGCGGUAUAUUUGCACGCGGUCCCUGAACAUACCUAUCGGUGCGCUUUACACGCCUAUGUCUUCUUCAAACUUCAAACUUAUAUCCGAUUGACAUCUUUUUGCUUCAGGGAAAGAUUAAGUAAUAUUGAGUGGCACAUUAAUGUGAGAUGUAUUCGAAUGUCUUUGAAGGUCUGGGUGCCUUUUUGUUUUUUGUUUUGUUAUAAAGACUCUGCAUUUAAAAAAUGUGCCCACAAAAAUACAUCAUCGCCAAUGCAUCUUGGGGAUAUUUUAUGUUGGAAGUGUAUCAGGGUUUUCCUGCUCUUGAGCAUGCACUGAGAUUCAUGCACAUUUUUGUUGCAAUUGCGUUAUUAUAUUUUGUUAUUUGGAAAUGUUCUAAUUGCAGAUUCUCUUAACGAUCAGUUAUUUAAUUCAAGAAUGGCAGAGUUUACACCUGAAGCAGCAGCUUAAAUUUUGUGCUCAGCAACUGUUGACCUGAGUUGACAAUUGUGCUUAUUUGUGAGGCUGGGUUGUUUACUUUUGAGCUUUUGUCAGUGGCAUUUUUGUCACUAUUGUGAAAGAUUUGCUUUUAGUGGGGUGAGUGGUAUUUUUCUUUCCUGUGUAUUCAGUCUAAAAAACCGAAUCCAUUCAUUGUUUAGCAUGCAAUCAUUUAAUUAGCAUUGCCAUCAUAGUUGUUCAUUUUACAAAAAAUGUUUGAAUGUCAUUUUUAAGGCUGUAUUUAUGAUGAUAUGUGCCUAAUAUAUGCAUUCAAACCACUGAAAUUCUUAUCACUGGCAGUGUAUAAAUCUUAAAUAUUGUAUAUAUGUGCAACUAGAUUGUUUAUUUUUUAACCUUUAUUACAGUGAUGUUUGUGUAUUUAAUGAGGCUCUAUUCCCCAUGUAUGCGAAUACUAGCUAAAAUAGCAUUGGAAUUGUUUUACGCAAUGCUUUUUCAAGCACAUAAUAUCAUAGAUUUUUGAUGCAGAUAUUUAUUUUGUCAGAUAAUGUCCAUUUCUGAAUGUAAUUUUUCAGGCUAUAUUUAUGAAUGAAGCCGAAGUUAUGCAUUCAAACUACUGAAUAUCUGAGCAUCUUGAAACCUCCUGAAGCAUCUUGAAAUUUUAUUUGCUUAUUAAAUAUUUUUGAUACUUUCAAUAACUAAUUUGGGUACAUUACACAUGCACUGCACUCUGUUGUGACCUUGUUCCCUUUUGUAAGUGUUUGAAUGAUCAUUUGUUUGGAAAUACAAAACCCAAAGUUCCUUUUGAAAAUGUAUGUUGUACUGAACAGGCCUUAAAAUUUGAAAUUACUUAAAAAAAAUCACAAUUCCAACACUGUAAACAUAUAACCACAGUUUUAAUCGGUGGUCAACUGCUUUUGUUUUGCAAAUGUAUAAAGAAAAUCAAUACGAGAAUGAAAAUGAAGUCUUCCAAUAAACUUGCUGUCUUAAGUGUAA